GCAAGCUCCUUAUCAGCGGAGAAACAGAGUCCAGUUGGCGAAGCACGCUGAAAUUUCGGCAACAGUACAGUCGUACAGCCCCAAGUGAUCGCAAGUGUGAAGUUCUUCCAGUCGCGUCCAGAUCUCCAGAAUAUCCCUCAAAAGAAUCCUUUUAUAAAAUAAUGGCAGCAAAGAGAAUGGAUUUAAAUAAGCGCACCUUUUUGGUGCUGAGCGGCAGCUCGAAUCCUUUGGGUCAAUCCCUGGCCCUGGAGUUUUGCCGUCGCCUGGCCACCGGAUCCGUGGCCCUGAUCUUGGACGAGGAUCAGCAGCAGCUGCGUGAGCUUGAGGAUCUGCUCCAGAGCGAGCUUAAAACCGAAACCAUUAAAGUGACAACCGGCAAGUUGAACGACAGCCACUCGAAUGGAGUGCAGCUGAUGGAGCAGGCUUUAAAGGACCAUUUCAAAGUUGUGGGGGACAACCAGCGAUUCGAGAGAUCUAUAAUGCUGCACAACGAGGGGCUGGCGGCCAGCCAUGUGCUCUUGGAACCCCAGAGCACCGAGGAUUGGAAGGAGUAUGUCCAGCAGCAGCUCUACGCACCGGUGGCCCUCAGCCAACGGUGGCUGCAAUCGGGGUAUUUGGCGAAGGUGGAGAAGCUGGCGGUGAAUGUGACCUCCUCCCUGAUGGUGCGUCCACUGGUCCAUGCCGGCUUGCUCUGCUCCUGCAAGCGGGCCAGGGACAUGUACUUCCGGGCCAUGGCCGCCGAGGAGCAUCGUUUCGACGUCCAUGUGCUCAGCUUCUCACCCGGACUGAUGGACAGCCACCGGGGCCAGUGCGAUAUGAACGGAAACGAGAUCACUCCCGCCGAGCUGGUCGCCUCGAAGCAGCUGCUCCAGCUGCCCAGGAUCCAGCCCAGCCAGGCCACCCUCAAGCUGAUCAACAUCCUCGAGGAGAUCUCCUUCGUGUCCGGCCACGACGUCGACUACUACGACACCUUCGUUUUAUGAGUAGCACCGUGGCGGUGGGCUGUGUCCCCAAUGGACUCGGUUCUGUACUUGACCCCCGAUUUUGAUGCUGUUUUUGAUUUGAUUGCCUUGGAAAUGAAUAAACUCUGGCUGACGACCCUCAAUUUAAACCUGCAAGUGCACGAAAACCAAGCACACGAACAGGAAAACGAAAAGAA